CCGAGCCUUUUUUUUUACCUUCCACCCUGCAGGGCCCCUGCAGUUUCCCAAGAGACCCUUCUCUAAAGGUACCCUCUCACCCCCUUGCCUUCUACCUGAGAGGGAGCACAGAACCAAAGAGCCACUUGAGUCAAGACUGCUCCAAAGGAGGGAGAGUGGAUCCCACCUGCUUUUCAUCUUUCUGCCCUGCAGCAGCAGGAUGCUGGAUGCCCUGUAUGAAUCAUUUUGGAGAACUGAAUACUGGAUCCCCCCUGGGUACACAUGGGAUGAUUUGGAAGAUUCAGAUGGCAUCACAUACCCUCAUCCCAAAGACCUGAUGGCAGUCAUUCCCCUGACAUUUGUCUUAAUAAUCAUUAGAUGUGGCACUGAGAGGUUCAUAGGGCUGCCCUUGUGUAGAGCCUUGGGUGUGCGUGACCCCAUCAGGAUGAAGGUUACUCCCAACCCCAUACUGGAGUCAUUUUUCCAGAGCCAGAGUAAGAAUCCCCAAAAGGAUGAGCUGAAUAACCUGGCCAGUCAGUCUAGCCUCUCUGUGAGGCAAGCUGAGUGCUGGUUUCGACGUCGCAGAAAUCAAGAGCGACCAUUAAUAAGCAAGAAAUUCUCUGAAGCUUGUUGGAAAUUUUUAUUUUACUCCAUUUCUUUCUCCGACGGCUUCUUCAUCUUCUACAAUAAAACCUGGUUUGGCCAGCCAGAGACAGUCUGGAUUGGAUACCCUAAGCAGCCUCUGCAACCUGCCAUAUACUGGUGGUAUCUCUUGGAAAUCAGCUUCUACUUCUCCUUGCUACUCACUUUGACCAAUGAUGUGAAGAGGAAGGACUUCAAGGAGCAAGUUAUACACCAUGUUGUUACUAUCACAUUGCUCUUCUUCUCCUAUUCUGCCAACUUUAUGCACAUUGGGGCCUUGGUGCUGCUGCUACAUGAUGUUUCAGAUAUCUUCAUGGAGGCUUGUAAGAUGUUAAUUUAUGCAAAAUGGAGUCAAGCUCGGGACAUAAUGUUCAUCCUCUUUGCUGUGGUGUUCUUCAUCAGCAGACUCAUUUUCUUCCCAAUCAAAGUCCUCUACAAUACUUACUAUACUUUCCUGACCAACUACAAGUAUUUCUUUGGAUACUAUUUUGCCAAUACUCUUCUGACAGUCCUGCAGAUUCUCAACAUCUUCUGGUUUUUCCUUAUUCUACGAAUGUUCUACAAGUUUUUAUCAAUGGGCCAGGUGAAGAAUGAUGUGAGAAGUGACAUAGAGGAGGAUGACAUGAGUGAUGAGCAUUCGACAGUGAGACAGCAGAGCAAUGGGAAAUCCCAGUCCAAUGAUGUUACAGAUCUUCGGGCCCGAGGAGUUCGGGGGUCUGCUCAAUUCGCCACUGAGCCUAUACCAGUGGCAUAAUAUAGUCUAGCCCAGUGAAGAUCCUUGGAUGAUUGGGCUCCUAAGUGCUUGAAAAGUGAGCCACCCUGGGAAAUGUCUCAGAUUCUGAUUGAACAUGGAAUCCAUAGAACUGUCUCCCUGUGUCUGUCCCUGUCAGAGAACUUUUACUGGUUCUCAUGGUGGAGGAGGAAGAAUGGAAUAUCUCUGCUAAAUAUUUUAUGGUAAAUUUAGUGAUCUUUCUUUUGAUCGGCCUUUUCCCCUGAACCAUUGUCCUUGGUCCUGGCUACUGAUGCCUGUCACUUAGAAGCACAGAGUGAAGGGGAGAGGUAUGAAGAAAGAACAGGAAGACCCCCUCAGAGGAAUCCCCUGGGGGCUGCCCAACAUCCUUAAGGAGAUCUUGAAGAAGAUGGCUACUCCCUGAGCCAAUGAGAGACUUGUAGGCCUGGGACUGGAGUGGGCUAACUAACUUUAGACUUGUCUUCCUAGCCCAGCAGGGAGUUGUCCCUGACAAAUCCUAAGGAAAAGAGAAGUCUAUUCAAGGUAGGGAUGAAUGUGUGGAACCUGGGUUCACCAGACCCAGAAAGUAAGCAAUAAAAUUUGAACAGUGCAGGACUUACUGUCGUUGAAUCCCUGAAUCCCAUCUUUUCUAGCUCAUUUCCUAUUUAGUUUUUAUCUUUAACAUUCUUCCUAUUUCCUCCAUGAUUGUCCUAGAAUCUCAGAACUGAGAGGGAACUUGUUGGGCAUUCAGUUGAAGCACUGUUUGAGUGGAUGAAGAUCCUUAGCAGCCCCAAUAAGUAGUCUUUCAACUUUUUCUUGAACACAAAGAUACCUUCUACAUUAGUAGCCCAUUCUGAUUAGCAAAUACAUUCCUAUAUUGAGGCCAAAUGUGCUUUUCUGAACUUCUCAUCACUACUCUUCAUGAGUAGUAAUGGGGAAGGAUAAAGAGCUAAAGUUAGGAAUAAGAAAGAUGGUUUGGGGACAUCACUUUUAGUCAGAUCAACCUUAGGAUGAAUCAAAAACUGAUUCCCCCAAGAAUCUGAAAGAGGUCAUACCAAAGUGUCUGAAGCAGAAUCUCCAUAAAAACUUCUUAAUCCAUCCAUCCUUUACACGCAAAUAGAUUGAUACACUCCAUGAUAUGGAUAUUCCCUCCAGUGUUAACAGAUUGCCUUCCAUCUAAUCGGCUCAUCUGGCACAACUUUUGUCAAAAUGGACUGAGAUAUGAAACUGGGGAAAAAAUUAAUUUCCAGGGAAAUCCUGUUGGAAAC